UGCUUCAGAAUCGGAUAUCGACUCCAUCGCUCACAGAGACCUCGACGCCAUGAGCGACGGACAGAUCCUGCGCACGGGCGUGCUGUUCAAGAAGGGCUCCGGUACGGGCCCGUUUGGUCGCAAGAACUGGAAGCCGCGCUACUUCGUGCUGACACCAUCGCGUCUGCAGUAUUUCACGUUCGAGGACGGUGAGCUCAAGGGCGAGCUGAGUCUGCAGGGCUGUGACGAGGGUGUGCUAGAGGUUAUGCCUGCCGACAGCAUGAAAACCGGCAGCUCGGCCUCUACGAUUUGGCGUAUUGCCAUCAACGCACCCGAACGCCGCCUGCUUGUGGCCGCAGGGACGGAGAUGGAGAUGAAUGACUGGGUGGACAAGCUUGUCAUGGCCUUCCGCAUCAACUCGGGCCAGCCGCCUAUGCAGCGUGCGUCUAUGCCAGCGCCUUCCUCCAACAGCAGCGUGGCUGGAAGCAAUGUCAAUAGCAACCCGAACAUCCGGGACUUUCAGAACUUCUCGGUGCCCCGACGCGGAGUCAACCAGCGCCACAGCACGGGCGCGGAAAUGCGAGCGACGGUGGAAGAAAAGGAACUGCUCGCUGCACAAGCGGAAAGUAUGAAAAUGCAGCAGCUGGAAGAGCAACGUGAGGCCGAACAGGACGCCGAGAUGCGCAGACAAUUGGCAGCUCAGCAGCAACUAGAGCAAGACGAGGCGGCUCAGGCUGCUGCCCUGGCGGCUGUGGAAAAGUUGCAACUUCAGGAAGAGCACGAGAAACAGGCACAAAAGGAGCGCGAGUCGCAGAUGCAACAGGAGAUCGAGAUGCGGCAGGCAAUGGAGUUGCAGCGUGCGCGUGAGGCGGAGGAAGCUGCGCGUAUUCAACACGAAGAGGAGCAAGAAAUAAUUCGCAACAAACAAUUGGCAGAUGAAUUGGCAAUGCAAGAGAAGCUCAAACCCCAGCAAGGCGAGGAUUUGCUUGAACUACAGCGCCGUCAGAAGCGUGAGGAACAUGCACGUCAGCGUGCAGAGCGUGAGAAGGCGGUCAAACUGCAGAUGCAGCAGGAGCAGGAGCAGGAGCAGGAAGACCUCGCAUUUCGUAUGACGCAACAGAUGAACUCGCACUUUAGCGUGGACGACGACUCGGACGACAGCGACCACGAGCCGGAAAGUUCGCCAAUGGCUCCGGUGGACAGUGGCGCGUCGAAUGGGGAGCGUUUGUCAGCGGGUCAGGCUCCAGCUACUGCGCCGCGCUCGUCCCUUGUUGGUGACGUGAAGCGAGAGAUGAUCCAGAAGCAGCAGCAAGAACACCAACGACGACGUGAAGCUGCUCUCAAGCAGGAGCAACAGACGCGGGUAGUGAAUGUUCGUGAGGCUCCUCGUGAGGUGGAAGUGGCGCCACGCGAGAUUGAAGUAGUGCGACGGGCGCCUGUCAAGAAGCCGGCAGCGCCGCCUGCCGGCCCUAUGGAAAGCUUCGAGUUUUAAGGAGCUACACUUACGACACGUACGCACACGUCUCGCAUCUUAAGGUAAUUGGAGGAGGAAUGCAACUAGGGUAUGUUUGAAUUGGAGACUCGUUAGGUAUGAACUGC